AUGACCUUCGAGAGCGAGGACUUAACUCGCCAACAGAUGAAAUCAUACUGGACAGAGCAUAGUGGCAGCACAAAUAUCGAAAAUAUGAUGCUCGACACGAAUGCUCAAAUCCUUCAUGAGCUUGAAGUGCCCGAGAUUAUGGAACGUGCUCCCUCAAUGAAGGAUAAGGACGUACUGGAAAUCGCCGCUGGUAUUGGCCGAUACACGUCCAUUAUUGGAAAGAGUGCCAAGAGUGUUACUGCUGUGGAAUUCAUUGAAGAUUUUCACAAGGCCAACGUUGCGUCUAACGGACAUCUACACAAUGUCACGUUUCUCUGCAAGGAUGUUGUCAACCUUGAGGCCAAACCCAACUGCUUUGACGUUAUUUAUUCCAAUUGGCUUUUCAUGUAUCUAGGGGAUGAAGAAGUUCAGGAAUUUGCCCAGAAGGCCAUUAAGUGGUUACGCCCCGGUGGACGACUCUUUUUCCGCGAAUCUUGCUUUCGGCAGUCGGGAGACGUUAAACGGAGCAACAAUCCAACGCACUAUCGUCACCCUGCGUUCUAUAUUGGAGCUUUUAAUUCAGUGGUGUCGAAGGAGGGUAAUGGAGGCCUUGCUUACUUUAACCUUGAGUCCUCCGGCAGCAUUUCAGUCUAUCGCAAGGUCAAGAAAAACAGCGGACAGAUCUUUUUCAGCUACACGAAAGCUAUUAAGGAGGGUUCGGACAACGACAUUGAGGCCGUAGCCACUUUUCAGAAAUUCCUCGACGAACAACAAUACUCAAAGCAGAGUAUCAUGCGCUACGAGAAGAUCUUUGGUCAGGGAUACGUUAGUACGGGUGGACAGUCCACCACAACCGAGUUUGUUGAGAAACUCAAGCUCCAGCCAGGUGAAAGAGUUUUGGAUGUAGGUUGUGGAAUUGGUGGAGGUGACUUCUACAUGGCACGUCAGUUUGGCGUCUCUGUUCUUGGUAUUGAUCUGUCCACUAAUAUGGUACACCGUGCGCUUGAAAUUUCCAUGGAAGAUUCAAGCAUUGACGUCGAGUUUGAGAUUUGUGACGCCACCAAAAAGCAGUUCUCAGAAUGCUCCUUUGACGUAAUAUACUCUCGCGACACGAUUCUUCACAUUGAAGAUAAGCAGGCAUUGUUUGCCAAGUUUUAUCGUUGGUUGAAGCCGGGAGGUCGUAUCCUCAUCUCCGACUAUUGCAAAGGAGAGCAGGAACCAACGGACCGCUUCAAAGCAUACGUUGCUAGUCGUGGGUAUCAUCUGCUGUCCCCAUCCAAAUACGGAAAGACGCUAGAGUCAGCAGGUUUUACGUCGGUGAUAGCUGAAGACCGUACUGAACAGUUCAUCAAGGUGUUGAAAGAUGAACUGGCGCGUACAUUGGCGCAAAAAGAGCAAUUCAUUGCGGAAACGAGCGAAUUGGACUUUCAAUACAUUGUAGACGGGUGGGAGGCGAAGCUCGUUCGUUGUGGCGAGGGUGACCAAAAGUGGGGUCUCUUUUAUGGCAAGAAGGAGUAA